AUGUCGAAUUUAUCGAAGUUUGAGUUUGUGGCACUUGACAUCUUCGAAAAAAAUUACUUGUCAUGGGUUCUCGACGCUGAAAUUCACCUAGCUACUAAGGGUCUUAGUGCUACUAUUACCCCAAAUAAUGCAGCAUCGAGUCAGGACAAGACCAAGGCUAUAAUUUUCCUUCGUCAUCAUUUGGAUGAAGGAUUGAAGGUUGAAUACCUGAUAAUAAAAGAUCCACUUGAAUUGUGGACUAAUUUAAAUGGAAGGAUUGUUUCCCAAUUGAAUUAUCAACAAUACCAUGAAAAAGGAUUUCAGAAGUAUUCUGAGUUGAUCUCAUGUCUUCUGGUGGCUGAGCAACAUAAUGUCCAUUUGAUGAAAAACCAUGAAGCUCGUCCCACUGGAGCUGCUCCAUUACCGAAAGCAAAUGGGGCACAAGCACAUGGACAGCCUGAAAGACGGAAAGAUCGAGGUCAUAAUAAUAUUCAUGGAAGUGAAAAUGAAAGGAGACGAUAUAAUAAUCAUCGUGGUGGUGGUAACCACAAAAUAGAGAACCAAAUGGGUCCUCAAAACAAUCCUUCAAGAGUAAAUUGUCAUUAUUGUGACAUGAAAGACCAUUGGAAGGAUGAAUUUCGGGCACCUAAGCAUUUUGCUAGUAUCAAGAAUCUUUCAAAAGAAAGAGAAAUGAAGGUGGGACCUCUUCAAAUGACCGAAUGA